CCGGCGGCAAACUUCAAGCUUGUCUAGGUAUCAAUCGAUCAAGCUUCACAUCCGAGACCACUGUAGUUACAGAGUUCACGGUCACGUUAUCGACUGCACGUGGCAGCACGCGUUUUUCACUUGAUCGCUCAAUGUACCAAGAGUGUGGGGAACAAUAAGAAAUCUAUCUGUCAGGUACCAUGGACGACCAAGAGGAAUCGCCUCGAAGUGCCAGCGGCAGCGGCUCUGCGGGACCAGGAGCUGGCGCACCGAAGCGGGGUCAUAGAACCGCUUGUAAUUCCUGCAAGCGAAUGAAGGUCAAGUGUGAAUGGGAUCAAGAAUCUAUUUGUAAUCGCUGUGCCAAGCAUCAAACAGAAUGUGUGUUUACAAUACCAGAGCGCAAGAAGCGUGAGAAGAAGGAAACAUACUUGACGACCCUCGAGGACCGUCUCAAUCGUAUGGAAGCCGUUAUGGCUCAAUCAGGCUUGUCUAUGCCAACUAAAGAGCCAGGAAAAGAAGCUAAAACUCUUGCAUCGGAAGAAGUGGGCAUUCAAGAUAUUCCUGAUAAGAUGUCCCUGCUCAAGAUCUUUGAUGAUGGAACGACAUUAUUCAUUGGUGCUUCUUCUGGGUUCUCUAUCUUUGGACCUCAAGGCUUGAAAUGGGUGACUGAAGUUACAGGGAGCACUGAAUUUGCUAAAGUUAUCAUGAGCCUUCCCAGUCCGCACUUACAUCUGGCCUCAAUGGGACCAGAAAUGUGGGGUCCACUCCCAGAUGACCAACUUGAGCGUCUUCCCAGCAAGGAACGCGCCAUGAUCUAUAUCACCGAAUUCUUCAAUGGCUUCGGGGCCAUUUUCCCUCUGUUUUCACAACCAAUAUUCAUGGAAAGAUUUGUGCGCUUAUAUCCUCUUACACCUUCCCAGGAUCCCGCGUGGUAUGCUUGUCUCAAUGUGGUAUUUGCGAUUGGAUCAGUUAUACUCAACAAGCAGCAAACUCGUAAUUCUCCUUGUAGUUCCGCUUCCUCGCCCCGGUCUUCGAAUCCAGAAGAUGAGGUUUGGUGGAAGUGGUUUAGAAAUGCCAGCAGCACCUUUCUCGAGCUACAAUUUCGCGAAGGCAACAUGUCUGCUGUGCAAGCUAUGAUUGGAAUGGCCUUUAUUCUUCAAACUCUCCCAAAUCCGUAUCCUUGUUCUGUUUUAGCAGGUGCUGGUUUACGUCUUGCUCAGGCAAUUGGGCUACAUCGCAAUGUCAGUGAUGUUGGGCUGACACAAGCCCAAGUCGAAGAGAGACGAAAUGUCUUCUGGAGCAGUGUUAUAAUCGAACGUGCAAUAAUAAUGCGCUCUGGAAGACCGUCUGUCAUGCAAGAAGAUGACAUAGGUAUCGACCUUCCCAAGCCAGCAAAGAAUGCUAUGAUGGGCCCAAAUGUGCCGCAGCCGAUUCGAUAUAUGGCAACAUUAUCUCUCCUCCAAGGCCGCAUAUACAACAAACUCUACUCCGCCAAAGCAGCUACUCGAUCUACACUGGAAAGAUUGCAAUGGGUCAGCACUCUUGACGAAGAAUUACAGGAGUGGAAGGACAAUCUUCCGAUAGAGAUUCGGCCGGGUAAUGAGAUGAAGGUCAACAGAGAAUUUGUCAUUCCUGUCAUUAUGAUGCAUUACGGCUAUCUUAAUGCGCUCUCAACAAUACACCGCUGCUCGGUCCACUACAAGUCUUGGGCGAAUGGUGGAGAACCUCCUCUGAAUAUGGAGGCAAUGAGUAGUAUGAAGCUCAAUCCUCGAGUAUUCUCCAGUGGUGCUAUCACUGUUGGUGCUGCAAGAGGUGUGAUGAACCUAUUGAAGGAGACCGAAAGUCACGUUGAUCAGAGUGAAAUGAACGUUAUCAGCGUCCUACAGAAUCCCAGGGACUCCCAAGCGCUUUCCGACGUCGCACUAAUGCGAGGCGCUGUCGAUUUUCUAGCUACAGCAAUGGACUCCGAUGACAGAUCCCCUAGCACCAUCGUGAUCCGAACCUUCAAAGCAGUCUGCGACCUGGCCGGUCGCUUCGUCGAGAAGGCACAAGCACAAGGGACUCAAAAUCCCAAACGCGGCCGAGAACCCCUCCAAACACCAAACUAUGUCCUCGACAGCUCACCUCUGGAUUACGUGGAUAAAGCCAUGACCGAUCAUCCCCCUGGAAUGCCUCCUCCUUCAUCCGACACCGAAUCUUCCCAAACCUUCCGCCAAUCCCCAUCUGCCCCCCUCCCGGAAACAACAUCCUACGACUCCAGCAUCUCGCAACAACCACCAUUCUCCAUCCACCAAACGCUCCCCAACCAACCCGGCACAACCCAACAAUUCCUCAACGACCCCCUCGCGCCAUCAAUCGGCCUCUACAACACCGAUCUCUACGGCAACAACGAUCUGUCCGGGCUAGACAGCGGCCUCGGGGCCGGCGUCGAUUUCUUUCCCAACGAUCUGCUGAUGCCGACGGAUGGGAGCUGGUUCUUUCCGCUGGCAAAUACGGCGAUGGCACCGGGGAGUAGUUAAUGGUGUACGAUUAAUGAUGACGCUGAGCGAUUAUCGAUACUCUCCUCGCUUUUCUGAACCAAAGAAAUUAUUUCAACUCGGGCGUUUCAGGAAUGUGAGAUGUGCGACGGAACACGAGUCCGCAUUCUUCAUUUUUAGUUCGCUUCGUAACAUU